AUGCUCUCGUUCCGCGGGCUCAUCGCAACAACGCUCGUCGUCAUCGCCAACCUCGCACACCUCACCGUCUCCGAACCUCAACAACACCACGACCACGACCAGCACCCCCCGCUCGCCGCCGUCCCGCAAGACUCCCUCUUUGGCGGAACCCCACCAGUAGCAGCUGACAUGUCGUCGUCCAUCAGCCGCGCGGCCCCGCUCGUGUUCCCGGCCGCCGGGAAGCACACGGCGACCGUCAUCUUCGCCCACGGCCUCGGCGACACGGGCAACGGCUGGGCGAGCGCCGUCGAGAACUGGAGGCGAAGGCAGAGGCUCGACGAGGUCAAGUUCGUCCUGCCUCACGCGCCGCAGAUCCCCAUCACCUGUAACUUCGGCAUGCGCAUGCCCGGCUGGUUCGACAUUGUAAGUCGCGCCUCCAUCCUAGACCGCCACCGCAUCCCCCCCGGUCCGUCCCCCCUAACCACCGCGGCCAUCCUGCAGAAAAAGCUCGACGGCACCGUCGAGUCGCUGCGCGAGAACGAGGACGCGCCGGGCAUCCUCGCGUCCAACGAGUACUUCCACAGCCUCGUCCAGGCCGAGGUCGACGCCGGCAUCCCGGCGGACCGCAUCGUCCUCGGCGGCUUCAGCCAGGGCGGCGCCAUGGCCAUCUUCUCGGGCCUCACGGGCACGCAUAAGGUCGCCGGCAUCGUGGGCCUGUCGUGCUGGCUGCUGCUGAGCGAGCGCUUCGCGUCGCUGGUGCCGGCCGACAAGCCCAACCAGGCGACGCCGAUCUUCAUGGGCCAUGGAGAUGCGGAUCCGCUGGUGAGGCCGGAGCUGGGAGCGCUGAGUAUGGAGGCGUUGAAGAAGUUGGGGUAUGAUGUGUCGAGGACGCUUUACCCGGGUAUGGGUCAUUCUGCUUGCUUGGAGGAGCUGGAUGAUGUCGAGGCGUUUCUGUUGAAGCAGUUGCCGCCUACUGAGAAGAAGUAG